CAUCAUUUAUUAGCACCACAACCACAAGUAAUCUAAGUUGAAUCUGUCUCAAUAUCCCACCUUCCAUCAUAACAACAAACAAACCCACAUAUAAAAGUAGUACAAAUUUUACAUUUUCGGACACCAUUCCAACGUUGUCCACACUUCCACCAUAUCGUCAUCUCCUUCUUCAAGAAUUCAAUCUCUACUAAGGAAGAAAGAACGAAAAUGGUUCGCCCCAUAUCGAUGAUCCAUGUAAGUGAAGGCUUCUCCCCAAUCCCACUGGCAUUAGGCCUGUUUGUUUCGGUGUCUCUUCUUGUCGCCCUGUGUGCGAAACAUGCAAGGCAAGUCCCAAGAAAGUACGCCUCCAGCUCCAAGACGAGUGAUCAUCCAAACGCGGCUAAGUCGCCAUUACCGUCGCCUAAGCAGCUGAUCACAACUCUAAGCAACAAGGCCAUGAUUCAUGUCAAGAAAUCGUCGGAGUCGGGAGUUGGCCGGAAUGAUCAGGAGAGUGGAUUGUGGCAGAAGGCGAUACUGAUGGGGGAGAGAUGCCAGCCGCCGGAGUUCUCAGGCGUAAUAUAUUAUGAUUACUCCGGGAAUAGGAUUCCGGAGAUGCCCAAGUCGCCUAGAGCAACCUCCAUGGCCCCUUUGAAAAGUUUUGCUGCAGAAAAAUGAGAAUUCUGCCCACUCAUGUACAACAUGGAACUCUUCUUCUUUUUGUUGUUAAAACCUUAGCUUCUGGCCUAUUAACUAAGGACAUUAAGGGUUGUGUACCUGAUGCACGCGGAAAGCAAAGCGGACACCUUGUAGGAUCAAGAAUUCUUUGUUCGGUUCCUUCUCAGGUUCAGUCAUUGCAUCAAGCUCUGACGCCACACGCUUCAUGUAUUUCCGAGCAAGUUGUACUGAUGAAAGCUUGAUCUGCAAUGAGAUAAGCCGUUUACAUGUAGAUGAUCAUUUA